AUGGAAAGCGAAAUCACAUCCCGAAUAGGUGUAUUCUGCGAAGAUCUUGAGCGACAUAGGAACAUUCUCGUAUCGCAGUCGAGGCACAUGAAGAGCUUCAAUUGCGAUUUCGCGAGCGAGGCUAGAGCGGUAUCUAUGGCGAACGGCGGCCACGGCAUCGCCGUCAACGGGGUAAGCGCUCCAGGUUCGGGCACUUUGUCGCGCGAGGAGAGACGCAGGCGAAGAAGAGCCACCCAGAAGUAUCGAACCGCACAUGCCACUCGGGAAAGAGUCAGAGUGGAAGCUUUCAACUCGGCGUUCGCGGAAUUGCGAAAAUUGCUGCCGACAUUGCCACCGGACAAGAAGCUCUCAAAAAUCGAGAUCCUUCGACUGGCAAUCUGCUAUAUCGCUUAUCUAAAUCAUGUCCUCCAAGCUUGAACUUGUGCGUAUCUCGAUGAACGAAAAUGAAGAACCUGAAACAGUCACGAUGAUUAAUUUAUUCCAAUUGUGGAUAAAACGAACAAUCAUUUCUCUAAAAUUAAAAAAAAAAGAAUAUUUACUUAAUUAUAUUAUAAAAGUAGAGAAAUUUUAGCACACAAUUAAAAACAUAAAACACUGAAAAGGUAACAGAAAAGUUUAAUAUAUAGUUUUUAUUUUGUGACAAGAACAAUAAGACAACAAUAAAA